AUGUCCAAACCCGCUGUUGGCUUUGUCGGCCUCGGAGCCAUGGGCUUCGGCAUGGCCACCCACCUCGUGAAGGAGGGAUACCCCGUGCACGGCUUUGACGUCUUCCCCGCUUCCGUGCAGCGCUUCCAGGCCGCGGGGGGCAUUCCAGCCGCGUCGCUGCGGGAGUCUGCAGAGGGGAAGGACUUCUACGUGUGCAUGGUGGCGUCCGCGCCGCAGGUGCAGUCGGUGCUGUUUGGCGACGACGGGAUCGUGCAGUACCUCCCCCCCAACGCCACCCUCCUCCUCUGCUCGACCGUCGCCGCCUCCUACGCCCAGUCCGUCGCGGCGGAGCUGCGCGCCCGCAACCGCGGCGACAUCCGCUUCGUCGACUGCCCCGUCUCCGGGGGCGCCAAGCGCGCCGCCGACGGCACGCUGUCCAUCAUGGCCGGCGCGCCCGAGGAGGCGCUGCAGAGCGGGCGCGCGCUGCUGCAGGAGAUGUCUGCGCCGGGCAAGCUGUAUCUGGUGCCGGGCGGGAUCGGCGCCGGCAGCAACAUGAAGAUGGUGCACCAGGUGCUGGCGGCGAUCCACAUCCUGGGCGCCAGCGAGGCGAUGGGGCUGGCGGCGUCGCUGGGGCUGGAGGCGCGGCCCAUGGCAGAGAAGAUCAUCGGGUCUGAUGCGUGGACGUGGAUGCAUGAGAACCGGUUUCCGCGGAUGGUCGAGGAGGACUGGAAUCCGGGUGCGAGUGCGGUGACGAUUAUUCUGAAGGAUGCUGGCAUCAUCACGACCUCCGCGCGCGAACACCACUUCCCCACGCCGCUGUGCUCGACCGCAGAGCAGAUGUACCUGGGCGCGCUGGUGCAGGGCUGGGGCGCCAAGGACGACUCGGCGAUGGUGCGCCAGUACUUUGCGCAGCCCAUCGGGCAAGUUGCAGCGACGGCGGCGGAUGCGCCGGCCGCGCAGGAGCUGGUGCUGGACCUGAUGCGGGUGGUGAACCUGGUGGCGGCGGCCGAGGCGAUCGCCUUCGCGCGGUAUCUGAAGGUGGAUCUGAAGCAGUUUCACGGGCUGGUGGCUGAGGCGGCCGGCGCCAGCCGGGUGUUCAUUACGCAGGGCCUGGAUAUGAUCGAGGGCCGGGUGGGCGCGAACGCGGAGACGGUCGAUGCGGCGGUUGCGCGGCUGGAGAAGGUGGUGCAGAAGGCGCGCGAUCUGCACUGUCCGUUACAUUUGGGCAAUGCGGCGCUGAGCGUGCUGUUGCUGGCGCGGAGGGCUGGAUUGGGUGGUGAGGGGAGUACGAGUGUGAUCAAGGUGUGGCAGUGA